AUGCUCGACGGAUACCUGUACUCCGACUUGGCAUCCCAGACGCAUGUAAUCUUGGAGGCAAAGGCCAAAUCCCGCGAGGAGCACGCCCCCAAUGUGUUCUGGCAAGAAGCAGCGGAGUUGGUCGCCGCGCUCGGAACGCCGACCCCUAAAGGCCUGUCAUGGACCCGACCGACGGGGCCAAUCGAUCCACACAAUAUUGCUCACGAACAACUGCCUAUCGGCGACGAGGCUGGAGUGCAAGGCCGAUUUGGCCAACAAGUUGGCCAUGUGAUGACCGCGGUUUUCGGCUCCCAGGGCCUAGACAUCGCAUUUGGCGAUCUCAAGGCCGUCACCGACACAUAUCCACGCACCCCAGACGCGGUCAUCAUGAAUGGACGGCGCGCUGGGCAGCCUCAAGUGAAAGCUGUGGGUGAGCUGAAGUCUCCGUGGAUGACACAGCAUCAGUUGUUUCGAAACCCAACAGUGCAAAACGCGAGGCGCAAAAAGCGUUUUCGGCGGCAGAUCGGGCAGCUGGCGAGAUACAUGCAAGAGCUGGGCGUGGAAUACGGCUUCUACUCCACCUACAACCAGCACAUAUUCCUCAAGCAAGAGAUUGUUGACGGAAGCUGGGUCCUGCGGUACUCGCCAGUCGUUUCAGACAUAGCAUCUGAUAUUACCUACCAACCAUUCUUCAUAUCCAUUCUUCAUAUCACUAUCACCAUGUACCUCACCUAUCUUCCUUUCCCCGCCGAUCUCAUCCCCCGCUGCUGCGACGCUCCCCCUCCUAUGAAAUCCUGCCUUGUGUCUAGGCAGUGCUUCUUCUCUCUAGGAGUUCAAUCCUACAGUCACGGUUGA